AUGUCUUCUAGUUCAUCGGAAUCUCGAUGUGUUGUUGUCGGAUCGGAUUCGUUAUCCGAAUCCGAUGGUAUGUUCUUGCAUAGCGCCAUUCAAUGGAUGGAAGACACGACAUCUUCCAACGCAGUUCAAAACUGCCGAAUCAUAAAUCGCCAACGCGAAAUUGGUCAUCAAAUUUUACUAAAUGAUUGGUUUGUUGACGAGCCAAAAUACGAUGAUGGUUACUUUCGAAAGAAAUUUCGAAUGGAAAAAAGCAUGUUUUUGAAAAUCGUCGACGACAUCGAGGCAAAUUUUCCAUAUUUUCAAGACGGAUUCGAUGUAUGUGGGCGAGGCAGUUUCAAGCCGCUCCAAAAAGUCGCAUCGGUGGUACGCCAACUCGCAACGGGCAAUCUGCCCGACGAGUACGAUGAGUACUUACAUAUGGCCGCUCGAACGGGCCGCGAGUCUCUUGAUCAUUUUUGUGACGCCAUCAUUAAGUUGUAUGGUCGUGAGUACUUACGUAGGCCUACUCAACACGACGUGGCUCGUAUUUUCCAAGCCCAAGAAGAGCGCCAUCACAUGCCGGGGAUGCUUGGUAGCAUCGAUUGUACACAUGUCGAGUGGUUAAAGUGUCCUAGACACUUGAAAGGACAAUAUACGAGAGGCGACCAUGGCGUUCCCACUAUUAUGCUUGAGAUAACCGCUUCUCAGGAUAUGUGGAUUUGGCAUGCUUAUUUUGGUGCUCCCGGUUCAAACAACGACAUCAACGUGUUGAACCAAUCCGACUUGUAUCUUACGGAGCGAAAUGGCACGACACCGAACACAUCAUUUUAUGUUAACAACCGCUUUUACAAACGCGAUUAUUAUCUAACCGACGACAUCUACAACAAGUACUCGACGUUUGUAAAAGCAUACCCGUAUCCUACUGACCCGAAGAAGAAAAGAUUCAAGAAGUUACAAGAGGGAGCGAGGAAAGAUGUGGAACGUGCUUUUGGGGUUCUAAAAGCAAAAUGGAAUAUUCUUAGACGCCCUCUCCGACCCAUGAUCAAAGACAAGAUUGGGCAGUAUGUUUACACGGCGUGUAUUUUGCACAACAUGGUGAUAAAAGGCGAUGGUAGAGCUAUCUCACCGGUUCACAUCAUGGACCCGCCGGUCCAACCCGUGUUCGACGACACCGUUUUAGCGGAGUUACUAAACGAAGACAUCCAUCAUCGUCUUCGCUAUGACCUCACUGAACACGUGUGA